AUGCUAGCAAGCCCCGUAACCUCGACGCCCUUCUCAGUCCGAGACAUUCUGAGUCGUGAACAGGAGCUGCGCUGUCCCCAGCGCGACCACACUGUGUUCCUCGACCCCAACGCGCAGAGGGCCCACGACUCCCAACUGUCUCCUGGGGCAGAGGAUCCACACGAGAGCCCCGGCGUCGCAGCCUCCAGCCACGGUUCUCCAAGUGCUGGUCGCUGCUGGCCCAGAGGCACAACCAAGGAAGAAUUCGAGGACCUGGGGAGCUGCUGUGAUACCAUCCUUGGGGGGACCGUGGAGCCGGCAGGGCUGACAA